AUGUCGACGCCGUCGGGUGUCUCCAUAGCGGAUGAAUGCCUCGUCGCCUAUAAACAACUCCACUCCGGAAGAGGUGCCAAGAAGCCUCAGUUUGUUAUUUACCGGAUCUCUGACGACCAAACAACUGUUUUAGUGGAAGAAUCUUCUACGGAAAAGGACUUUGAAAUCUUCCGUCACACACUGUGCUCCGCUGUGGAUGUCCGUGGCCAGCCAGUCCCGCGCUAUGCAGUUUAUGAUGUCGAAUAUGACUUAGGAGAGGAUGGCAAGAGGUGCAGAACAGUGUUUAUCAGUUGGGUCCCGAGCAACACGCCUCUCAAACUGUGCAUGCUUUAUGCAAGCACCAAAGAGCAGCUGAGGAACGCCCUUGAUGUUAAGCUAUCUAUCCAUGCCGAUACACCGGACGAGGUUGAAUGGAAGAUUGUAUUAAGCGUGGCCAGUGGCGGAAAGGCAUGA